CUGACAGACGGAGACACAAUUCAACAAUGGAGGGACCUGCAGCAGCAGGCGGUGCUGAUGAUGAAUACAUGACAAUGGAUGCUGACCAAUGGUCAGCACAAGACGAUACUUAUGAAAACGGAGAUACACUGGGUCUAGAUUCAAGAGAAACAAGGGGACAUGAAUCAGGUCCUGAUUCACGGGGACAGAGGAAAGAAGAGCUGGAAAAAGGGAAAGUGGCAAAAAAGAGACCACAGCAACAAACCCAAAACCCAAACACUGCAAAACCCCCCGCCCGCCAUCUACCUGAAAGAUAUAUCACCAUGAGAUGCCCUCCAUUGAAAGCAAACAGAAGGCCACUACCUCAACUGGUUUUCUUCAAGGUCAUUUCAGCGUGUCUGGUCGUGCUGUGUAUUCUCUUACUCGGAGCGCUGUUUGGUCUGAGCAUCUACUAUGACAGAUUAUCUGGGACUCAAAGGAAUAAGACUGAACAGGUUCUCCAACUACUUGAGGAAAACAGACACCUUAAAGAGAAAAUAGACAUUUUGAAAUACCUCUCCAUACCAAUAUACCACGUUUCCAGGACUAAAGACCCAAAUUGUUCCUCUGGGAAUGACCUGUACAUACUGAAUUAUCAAGUGCUGGAGCAGCAAGUGAAAGGGAAUUGGUUCCAUCUGGGAAACAAGUUGUUGGCAAAUGGGACCUGCACCACGCCAUUCUCCUGGAACUGCACAAGUAACCAUAAAUAACCAUAAAUAACCAGGGAUGAAAGCCAAUCUGAAAAUAUAUCUACACUGUAAAUGGGCAACCACUUGUUCAGAUCAUAUAUUCAUGUUAAAAUGUGUUUAUUACUUCUACGAGCAUAUUUUUGGGGUUAUUUUCUGCUAUUUAUUGUGGUGGUGUGAUAUAUUAUACCCCAUGCCUGCCAUUUAUUCUUGCUUUUUAACACUUCAUCUACUAUUCAUAUAUACAUGUCCAACUCCACACAGGGCAAGUUAAAGAAGUCUGAGAGAAAAAUUGUUCACACUGUGUUGGCUGUGGUUUUUCUUGCUGUGCCAGAGUUGUGAAAUGAAUUUGGACAAUUUAUAACUGGAUGUUAUAAAUUAGCAAUGGGUGAAAUUCGUAGCUGGCCACAUUUUAAUAUGUUUGUGUUGUUAAUAAAAUGUGGAUUUAUCACUUAGUUACUAUCAAUUCUAAUUCAAGGUAGAGUUUAAAAUAACGUCCCUUUACACUUGAAAUGAGAAUAGAACAUUUCCCAUGAUUGGAAAGUAGUAACUAGAAAGUAAUAACAAAAAUAAUAAUAAAAAAUGGUCACUAACUGUCAGUUACAUUUGUGUAGUGUUUCUCAUUGUCACCAAAGACACCUAAGAAAUACGACCUGUUCACUAACACAAUUGUGACAUGGCAGCCACCAAACAAAAUGUCUUAUAAUGUGUAAAACGGGUCUCAUGGAUCUUUCACUUCUUCUUUUGACACCUUCGUGACACAUUGUCACUUCCAUGUCCUUUAAACGUUGAUUUCGUGCUGAUGAUGCUCGUAUGGUCACUGACUAUGAAAGCAAUGUUGACACCAACAAAUUUUUUGAGACCGGUGAUGCCAAUGUUUAUCCAGCGGAAGCUGACAAACAUGUUUAAUUGUGUUGUUUCACCUUGUUUUUACUCUUGUUUUUACUCUCUUAGAAAUAUGUUGACACAUAUUGGAGACACAGGCUGUAUCUGUACAUAGCUGCACAUAAACACACAACACACACACAGACCCCUAACACUAUGUAUUUCCAUUGAGCCAAGCAGGCAACAGGAAGGGGAAACGGUGCUUCCUGUGGAAGAAUGGGUGGAGGGGGCGGAGGUCACUCUCAGUGUACUGUGCGUGUGUCUGUGUGUGUGUGAGUGUACAGUGAACAUAUGUGCGAGUUUAUACUACAGUUUUGUCCUCUCUACUACUGUUGUCUCAGGGGUUAUUGGUUCAUCUCAACCCGUACUGUUGACACAACUGGCUUUGGGCGGUCACUGAAGCUGCCCCUGGGCCCUCAUGUUGACACUGCUCACUGCGAAUGGUUUCUAACAACAUGGACACUGUGAGUGGGAGGAUGUAGGCCAUGGGCUCUGCUCUCCCUUGGCUACACUUUUGCCACACUAACAAUAGUUACAGUGAGAGUGAAAUAAAUAAUAUAUAUAUAUAUAAAUAAUAUAUAUUAA